AUGGCUACACUUAGCCAGCUCCCAAAUGAAAUCCUCCGCUUUAUCGCCGAGCAGCUAGAUUCACAGAGUGACCGCCUACACCUGAUUUCCAGCUCUCGGCAAAUGUACUAUACGCUACUGCCAGUUCUCUACUCUCGAGUGCGUAUUUGCAACUGCGAUACUAGCAUUCGAGCCGUGAUUCCAUUGGUGAGUACGAUUCUGCGAAAUCCAACAUUAGCAAAAGCGGUUCAUUACCUGGAUUUGGACAGUUGGGAUGACCAGUCAUGGAAGGAAGACCCCGAUAUUCUAUUUGAAUAUGAUAAAUAUGAUGGAUACGACGCCAACCUGAUAGAAAAUGCUGAUUGUCACAUCCCCAGCUCCGCGGAAGAGAGAGAGUACCGGAUCCAAGCCCUGAGGGAUGGAUACUCCGAUGCCUGGCUAGCUAUUCUCAUUCCACAACUCACCAACCUGAGAGGCAUCAAAAUCACCUGGCCAUACGAGGCAAGGAGAGUCAGAACGAUGUUCUCCAAAGCCGCUGAAGACGGCGGCCGUUUGUUUCCACAUCUCAAAGAAGUAUUCGCAGAACAUUGCGACACGGAAAACAGCGCUGAGGCAUCAUGGAUGGACCCAUUUUUCAAGUUCCCGGCCAUGCGCAAAUUGAGUGGAAGAAUGAUCGCCGACCGUGAUCACGAUCACGUCCCUGGGACUCGCAUCCUGCCCUGCUCCGGAAUCGAGGAAAUCGACCUCGAUAUGAGUAACACAGAAUAUGGAUUCUGCGUCUGGAUACAGUCCUGCAUCGCGCUGAAGUCAUUCCGUCUUGAAAUUGGCGGGCCGAUCGUCAGUGAGUGGUCGAUUCACUCUCAUCGUCUUCGAGAAUCCCUUUCAUACCACAAGACAACGUUGGAGAAGUUUUGGCUCCGGACGGAUGAAGAAACUGAUCCAGAUCUCGACGAAGGGUGGAUUGGGUCUUUUGCGGACUUUUGCGUGCUGAAGAUGUUGCACAUUCCUUUUGCGAUGCUGGUUGACUUUAACGAAGAAUCUGCGACAAAUCGCGACCUUGUAUCCUUGCUGCCACCAUCUUUGGAAUCUUUGUAUCUAUGCCAAUGUGAUUCUGGGGUGACCAAAUUGGCUAUCGAUGAAGUUGAAGCUUUGUUAGAAUCGCGCUGCCUGCCAAACCUCACUUCAUUGGGUCUUGAAUGCCAAAAGCCUCUCGAAGCAGCACGAUGCAGGUUGAGCCUGAUUUCCACAAGGUGUGAAGAGGCGGGUAUAACCUUUGUCAACUUACCUCAGGGGCAGCAAGAGACUUGGGACUAUUUGGCAACAGUUUGGCCUCAUCCUUGUUGA